AAAAACAACAACAAACCGUAGCUUAAACUGCAAAAACUAAGCCAAAAAACAAUUCUCGUGGCACAAUUUGAUAUUUAGAUAAAUUAAAUAAUUUUAGCCGGCGGCAACUAACCGUGUGCGUGGUGUGCGUGUGAGUGCUAUCAUCCUCUCACUGGAAUUGCCAUAAAAUAUACAUUCGUAUAAUAAGUAGUAAUAAUAACAAUUAAAAUAGUGAAUUUCAAUAAUCCGGAAAUGGCCAUCGGAAUGCGACGACUAAUUGGAUUUAUGCUGAAUUUGGCAGCACUAACAGCUGUCGUCUUGGGCAAUCACCAUGAGAGCCUUUCGCUGAGUCCGGCGGAUCACAGUGUGGUGCGUUACACAAACGAAUCGCUCAUCGUCCAGUGCCGGAGUCCCAAUCCGGAUGUGAGGCUCCAGUGGAAAUCGCCGCGAGGCGAAAUUAUACGCGAGAACAAAGGACGCAUUCACUUUGAGCAAACAUCGCCAGAACAAUUGAAAAUCGUUUUCGCCCACAUCGCACUGGCCGACAAGGGCAAUUGGACCUGCGAAGCUGCUGAGGGCGGUCUGCAUAGUAAAUCCUUCGAUUUGAUUGUGUACCAGAAAAUUACGUUCACGGAAAAUGCCACCGUGAUGACCGUUAAGGAGGGCGACAAGGCCACCAUCCUGUGCGAGGUGAAAGGCGAGCCCCAACCGAAUGUCACCUGGCACUUCAACGGACAGCCCAUCAGUGCCGGAGCGGCCGAUGACUCCAAGUUCCGCAUCCUGGCCGAUGGUUUGCUCAUCAACAAGGUAACACAGAAUGACACCGGCGAGUACGCGUGCCGGGCAUACCAAGUCAACUCCAUCGCCUCCGAUAUGCAGGAGCGCACCGUUUUGAUGAAAAUCGAACAUAAGCCCAUUUGGUCACCAUCGCCAUUUGUGAGCUUGAAGUUCGCUUAUAUUAAUGGCACUGCCACGAUCCUGUGCGAGGUUUUGGCAGAGCCACCGGCCAACUUCUCGUGGCACCGGAAACAGAAGCAUCUGCACAGCAACCAGAAGCUGUACACCAUCGAGACGGAUAACUACUGGUCCCGGCUCACCAUUCGCGUGGUAAAUGCCAGUGCCUUUGACAACUAUAGGUGCCGGGCCUGGAAUGGUCUGGGCAGCAUCGAGAGAACCACACGGCUGGAGCAGGGCGAGAAGCCGCCGGCACCCAGCAACUUCAAACUGCGUGGCUACAACUCGAACACCUUUGAUGUGGUCCUCAGUGCACCGCGCGGCAAGGAGGAGCGUGGCCUAAUGGAGGUCAAUGGAUUCCGCAUCGAGUAUAUGACCGAAAUGGAGUUCAAGACGGACGCGGGCAAGUGGACCAAUGCCAAGAGGAAGGACUAUCCCUUCGAAGAAGGUGCAACCUUCUUGCUUACCAAUCUGGAGCCGGACACCGAUUACCUGGUGAGGGCCGCGUCUCGCAACCUGGCUGGUUUCAGUGACUGGACCCGGGUGGAGAAGUACAGGACACUGUCCCUAGAGCCUCGUGCCUCUGCGGGAGUCCUGCAGCCAGUGUUGAUCCUGAUCCUGGCCUUAGUAUCCCUAUGCCAGCUGUUGCGUCCAAGCCUUGUGUGAAUCUAAAUCUGCGGGCGGAUGAAGGAUAACGGAUAAUGGAUGCUGGAUAAACAGGACGAUGCAGGACCUUUGCCCCAAUGUGCUUUGUAUAGCUUUAAGGCGUGUCCCCAAGGGGACACUACUUUUUCUGUCUGAUUUGCUUGGUCGGGUUAACUCUUAAGUUCAAUGCGUUGCUAUAUAAAAACCUAAAACAGUUUUACGAUUAAGUUUAGUUCGGGUUUCUGUUUAGCUUGGCGAGAUAUUUAUGAAGAGAGCAUAUAGGAUUAUUUAUACAUACAUAUAUAUAUUUAAACAAAUCCUCAUAGCGUUUAAAAGAAGUAAAAGGUUCUACUCUAGAUUGCAAAGAUAAUUAUUCAAAUUGAAAGUUUUACUCAACUUUUCCUGCACUCUGUGCAAAUUCCUAAUGAGUUCGCUUUAGUUUCCCUUGCUGAGAUUGAGCCUUGAAUCUUAAUAGAGAUUUUGUUGCCAAAUCUUUAAGAUAUAUAUAUAAUCACACAGUUGCCAAAAUAAAAAUGAUUAAAUAUAAACAAACUUUCGCUCUGAAAGAGCAAAUAACUAAGCCGUAACCAUUUUUCCCUUUAAUCAUCACUCAAUAAACGAUACUAAAAACCCCUCUAAAAAACAAUAAAUAAAUACACAUAAAGGAGCUUAACGAGAGCAUUUGAAAUUGUAAAUUACAUUUAAUCUUUUUUAAAAACCAGAAAAGCCAAACCAAACGUUUCCACGUGUAAAUUUCCAGGAAAACAAAACCAAAAAUGAUAACAUUUGUACGUAAAAGUAAGCAUAACCCAUUAGCCACAAAAGCAACCAAAAAGAAACAAAAAUACAGACAUAUUUUACAACAAAAAACACAAACCAUUUUUAGGGAAAAUGGUAAACAUAUUUUGUAAACCGAA